UAAUAAACCGUAUCCGGGUCAUGACCCCGCAGUGGCGUGUUUUGCUGCUGAAACAGUUUUCAGUAACAGUAAAUCAAUCAGUCACCAUGAAGCACAAGACUGAAUAACAGCCAAAAGAAGAUGGCAGCAGCUGAAGACUCUACACCACCUCAGGGCCCUGCCAGAAAGAAACGCAGGAGUAGCAUUGAGGAACCACCUUGGAUGGGUACUGAAGAUGCAUCAUUGCGAAUUCUCAUAUUUGGAAGCUCUGGACAUGGACAGUUCUCUCUCACCGAGUCAGUCCUGCAGAAACUGGUCUUUAACGAUCCUCAGACGAAAGUAACAACAAAAACUUGUGGAAGCCUCUUUAUGAGAAAUGUGACUCUGGUCAACACUCCAAAUCUUAUCGAGCAUGACUUCUUUCAUGACGUGUUAAAAAAGGAAGUGAAGAAGGCAGUUUGUUUCUCCUGUCCAGGACCACACGCCAUCCUGUUUACGUUAAAUCCGUUAGACAUGCCACAAAACGCAUAUGACGUUUUCGAACCGGUAGUGCAUUAUUUUGGAGAAAAUAUCUGGAACCACACAAUGAUUGUUUUGUACGAUGACAAAGAUGAGUUAGAAGGCAAAGUGAAGGAAAAUAAGCACUUUGGGAAGCUUCUUGAGAAAUGUGGUCAAAGAUAUCACCUUUUCAGUAGAAAGCAGGACGAGAAUGAGGGAAAUGUGAUAAGGGAAUUGUUUCAGAAAAUCGACAAGAUGGUGGAGGGGCAUGGGAUUUUUUCCAACUUGGAAUUUAAAGAUGCUGAAAAACGAAUCAAGACCGAGGAAAAAAUCAUCCAAAAUCAGAGAAAGAAGGAGGUCAGUGCAAGGUUGGAGGAACUGAAGAAGUAUUCUCGGGAAGAUCUGGAAAGAGAAGUGAAAUGUUAUGAAGAAAAGAUCCGGUUAGAAAACAGGGAAAGGGCAGAGGUGCAGGUCGCAGAAAGACUCGGUUUUACUCUUCGACUUGUCGAUUAUGCAGCAGCAAUAGGAAAAGGAGCAUUUGCAGGGGUAAUAUUAGGGGUGCCAAUGGGGUUUCCAGGUAUUGCCAUAGGAGGAUCGGUUGGCGCAGUGCUCGGUGGUUUAUUAGGUGGUGCAGCUGGAGCCGUUUGGAACAUGAUUACUAAUGCUUUGGCAGAUUUUGGUAGAAAUGCAAUUUAAAGUGGAAUUUGCACUUAAGGCCGAGUCCCACAAUACUGAUAACUAUAAAUAAAUGGGUCCCCUGCAGUUGGUGGCCACACCAGACUGAUAAUGAUACCCACAAGCCCAGGCCUGGGUUUAUCUGUAUCAGUGAGAUUGCUUCUGGAGCGAUUUUUUUUUUUUUUCCCCCCUGGCCUGGACCUGAUCCGAUAAAACAUCUGACCAAUCACAUACAGUAAUUGUUUAAAUGUGACGUUGUCUGAGCACGUGAUAUUUUUCCCCGGGCAUCUUUGUACAUCCUUAUUGUAUGAUGAAGUCACACAAUACGGAUUCACGGAAAAUUAAAAAAAAAUACAAGUUAUUUUUUUUUCGCGGUGCGGUUUCCAUCAAAUCCUGUGCUCUGAUUGGCUGGCGAGCUACGAUACGGACCCCAGUUACGGACCUCUGGUGACUCGCUCGUUCACAACAACAACAAACAUAGUAGCAUUUUUUGUCAACAUUUAUCAUUUUUAAAAAAAAAGAUUUAUUUAUAAGAUUAUCAAAAAUCUUAUAAAUUUUUGCCAGCAUUUCUCAGGAAAAUAGCAUUAAUUUUAGAGAUGGAUAGUGAUAACGACAGUGUUCACAGCAAAAGCGAGUUUUACUACCCUGAGGAAGAAGAAAAAAAAGAAAACAUUUCAGGAGAAAGCUAAAAACCUCUAACUGUUGCUGACGCCGAGCAAAAACAUGGCUGAAUCCCGAAUGACUCAAUUUUUUAUAAAUAGGUGACUACAUAGGUGGCAAAAUGUAGUUUUUUUCCUGCCAUGGAAGUGCACUUGUAUACCGAGGAGGAAGCAAUUUGCAUUACAGCCAUGAAUGAGGAUUCAAAAUCGCAUUAAUUUUACAGCAUGGAUAGCAAUAACGACAGUGUUCACAGCGAAAGCGAGUUUUACUACCCUGAGGAAGAAGAAAUAAAAGAAAACAUUUCAGGAGAAAGCUAAAAACCUCUCUAACUUGCUAACGCCGAGCAAAAACAUGUCUGAAUCCUGAAUGACUCAAUUUUGUAUAAAUAGGGGACUACAUAGGCGGCAAAAUGUCGUUAUUUUUCCUGCCAUGGAAGUGCACUUGUAUACCGAGGAGGAAGCCAUUUGCAUUACAGCCGUGAAUGAGGAAUCAAAAUGGCGGCUCGGCUCGGUUUUCCCUUUCGGGCGCUCUCGUUUUCUGUUAGAAUUUGGUAAAGAAAAAAAUAAAUAUAUUAUUUACCAGCUUAAGGUCAGUCCGUAUGGUGAAAUACCGUGACCUCGGCCUUAAAUACUGACCUCGGCCCAGAGGGCCUCGCUCAGUACUUUCAAGACCUCUGUCACGGUAUUUCAUGAUACGGACCUUCCAGCUGGUAAAUAACAUAUAUGUAUGGAUCUUUAAUUCACGGAUAUGACUUUCUGUGAAAAAUCCAUCCAUCCAUUAUCCGUAACCACUUAUCCUGUGCAGGAUCAUGGACAAGCUGGAGCUUUUCCCAGCUGACUACGGGUGAAAGGCGGGGUACACCCUGGACAAGUCACUAGGUCAUCGCAGGGCUGACACAUAGACACAGGCAACCAUUCACACUCACAUUCACACCUACGGUCAAUUUGCAGCCACCAGUUAGCCUAACCUGCAUGUCUUUGGACUGUGGGGGAAACCGGAGCACCUGGAGGAAACCCACGCAGACACGGGGAGAACAUGCAAACUCCGCACAGAAAGGCCCUCGCCGGCCACGGGGCUCGAACCCGGACCUUCUUGCUGUGAGGCGACAGCGCUAACCACUACACCACCGUGCCGCCCUUGAGAGAAAAUAUGAUUGUUAAGUUUAUAUAAGUAUUAUUCUUGACCAAGAAGGCAGUAAUUUAUUAAAAUGGUGACAAAAUUAAGGAUUAACUUCAGUUAAAAUGACCUUCCGUCUCGGCUGGACAUUGUUUGGGAACAUUUUGUUUAUGUUUGAUAUGAUAUGUGUAUUUUUGAUCAGCGAUGUCUGAACGAUGCCAAGGUCUGUUUUGAUGUCAGAUCGACCCACACACGCUUUAAUGUUGGAUGUAAUGGUAGCCUUAUUGCUGAACAAAGAGUUAAGACUUUAUAUUUUUGGACUAUUGCAUAUACUAUGGCAGUGAUUUAAAUUUAAUUGUUAGAUCUAAGAUGCAUUCAAUGAUUUAAGUUAGUUUUAUAAUUACAGAAUAUAAUUUAGGGUUGUUAAGGUCUUAUGAUUCUAAUGUUAAGACUUCAUGAGUUUCCCGAGGUCCCGAGAAAUAAGUUGACCGAUGAGGUCCCGAGAAAUAAGUUGACCGAUUGACCAUUUCAGACUGGGUUGAAUCCCAACAAUUAUUAAUUUUUAAAAAGUAGUUUGAACAAGAUUUUUUGUUGUAAAAGAUAAAGUUUAUUUUACUGAUUUUAGUAGAAAUUUUCAUUGUCAUGUUUAUUUUAUAUAAUCAUUUUGUUGAAGGAUCCUAAUGAGUAAUGAAUGUUUGAUAUGGAUUACUUAAGCUUUAAAAUAUUCUAUAUUCUGUUUGAGUGUUUCUGUGAAUACUGAGAAAUAUUUUUAUUGAAAUAUUUUAUUGAAAUACAACACUAAUCGCAUACAUCGUUUUGUGAGAUGUCAACUAUGUGACAGAUAGACCAGCUACUAUGUAUUCCUGUAGGCUGUAAUCCUUAAAUAUUUUGUAUAAAUGGCUUGUUGUCUAGAAUUCGGCUUCACCAGUGGACAUUGUUGGUGGAAUUCUAGCCUGCAUUGGAGUGCCCAGCAGCAUUGGCAAUGCUAAAUCUACCUUAAAUUAGACGUCACCGAGUUGACAGAUUUUGGGCUUUUUGGAUUGCCAUGACCGUUGGUAUCAACCUGUUAUCGCCCAGGGUCAUGUGCGUGAAGGGAGUGGGCUGCCACUUUGUUUCAUCAUACUGACUACUUGCCACAGUUCAUCACGCAGAUGUAAUCACCAUCAAAGAGUUGAUACGUAAAAAAGGUAUGCUUUAAUUUUUACAUACUCAAUGGCACGCCAAAAAAAAAAAAGAGAACAAAAAGUAGUACACACAAUCAUGUGUACGAGAUGUUAUUCUGUUGCCCUGCCAGAUAACAUGAGGUCGGCAAAUUUUGUAUCUGAGUAACUGCGGCAACGCUGGGGCUGAAUUCAGCACCGUCACAGAGUUGACCAAAAGUUUGUGGGACACGUACUUUGGCUGAGCUGCAGUCAAAAUGAUUAAAAACUGCAUCGAGUUUUGUUAUAUUUUCUUUAAACACCCCCAUAUCCAUGACAUGCACAGGAGGGUAAUCUUGUCUGUUGGCUUUCAGUGGAGAAAUAACAGUGUUCGUUCAAACCAAGGUUGCAGGUAGGACAAGCCAAGUUGGUCAUUAUCACAUUUAUUUCAGUUUUUUUCCCCAACAACUAAGAAAUGUCAGAGACGCCUGCUGAUUUUUUUUUUUUCAUAGUAGGCUCCAAGGAGUUUUUGCUGUAUGUACAGGUUUUAAAUCUCUCCACAAGAUGGCUUUGGAAUACAAAUGUCAAAAUUCUGCAAUAUCCAUGUAUUUUAUGUUGGGCGUAUCAUACCUAAUGUCUGUCAUUUGGACAAUAAACAAUUUCUGAUUGUCCAGUUUGCAAUUUGUGACUGGCAUUGUUAUUUUUCCAAUAAAAUGAAAUAAUGA